AUGUGGAAAGACUCCAGCAAUGAUGAUGCCAGACCUGUGUCCUCCAGUGGCGGCUCCUCUCGCAGCGCAAGUCGCAGGAAGAGAACCAGCUUCUCCAAAGACCACGUGGAGCUCCUGCGGGUCACCUUCGAGACCGACCCGUACCCUGGCAUCGGCCUCAGGGAGAGCCUGUCCCAGACCACAGGCCUGCCGGAGUCACGCAUCCAGGUGUGGUUUCAGAACAGAAGAGCUCGCACCCUGAAGGUCAAAGGAGCCAACAAGGCUCUGUGGCAGUCGGAUAGCCCGGUCCAUGAUGCUCUGUCCCCCAUUCAUGCUGUAGCCAGCAGGGGUCCUGGCUCAGUGCAUCUGCCUCCUCACGGCCCUCCGCCUGCCUACCCAACCCAGGUGAAGAAGGAAGUAGAUGAAUCCUACUACUACGGACAGCAUCCUCCGGCAUACUCCACCAUUGAGGAGCAUUUUGGCUCCAUGUAUGGCCUCCAGCAGGGCAGAGCAUUGGGAGGCACCUCCAGCCCACCCUUGAGGGGCUUCUGGUCCCAGCCUGGCAGCCAGUCCUCCCCAGUCCCUUCUCGGUGGUGCCACUCCCCCCAGGAGAUGAGAAACUACGGGUCCAGUCAGGCAGCCGCCAUGUAUCCAGGAUCCGCAGAGCAGCAGAUGUAUAUGCCCGGCUCCACCUCCCACUCCUCAACUCCUGACACCCCUGAUUCUGGAUACUGGGAUGCCAGUGUGGAGAGCAGCCCACCGGUGGAGAGUCAGAACUCACAGCUGGAGGAUUUGUGUAGCGGAGCUGCUCCAGACGGAACCCUGGGGUCCAAACCUCUGGCCCCUCUGCCUGAGCUGUCCCUGCAGGAGAUCCUGGGGGUUCUGGAGGAGGACUGGAUGGGAGGAGAGGGACUGGACACUGACACCUCUGGGGACAAAAUGUCCUUCUGCUAA